AUGGCGUUUGUUAAGAGGGUUACGCAGGAGACGAAUAUACAGCUGGCGCUGGAUCUUGACGGUGGGUCUGUUUCUGUACGGGAGAGCAUACUGGGCAAGGAAUAUGCUAGUGGUGAUGGGCAGACCAUCCAUGUGCACACUGGAGUUGGGUUUUUGGACCACAUGUUGACUGCGCUGGCGAAGCAUGGCGGGUGGUCUCUGAUCCUGGAGUGUAUAGGGGACUUGCACAUCGAUGACCACCACACUGUUGAGGACUGUGGGAUUGCGCUGGGCCAAGCGUUCAAGGAGGCGCUUGGCUCCGUGCGUGGUAUCAAGAGGUUCGGGCAUGGGUUUGCACCACUGGACGAGGCGCUGAGCCGCGCUGUGGUUGACUUCUCCAAUAGGCCUUUCGCCGUGGUGGAGCUGGGCCUGAAGCGAGAACGCAUAGGCCAGCUAUCCACAGAGAUGAUCCCGCACUUCUUGGAGAGUUUCGCCACUGAGGCGCGUAUCACCAUGCAUGUGGACUGUCUGCGGGGCACCAACGACCACCACCGCUCCGAAUCAGCUUUCAAGGCGCUCGCCAUCGCCAUCAGAGAGGCAAGAACACCUACGGGUCGCGAUGACGUUCCAUCCACUAAGGGUGUCCUAGCAUAG